UCGGAGUGCCAAAUCUUAACUUAUAAUUUUAUUUUUAUUUUCUUAGAUUCUUUGUAGUUUUUAUUUUAAUAGUAAAUUAAAUAUGUCGGAACAUCAGUCGAAGGUACCGACCUUCCUUUUCGACAUUAUUGUAACUCGGUUGCAGCUCACCAAGGAUAAAGUCGAUGAUCCAUCAAAACUAAUUGUUAAUCUAAAGUUUAAUAAUAUUCCCAUGUCCAUAACGCCCAGCCGUAUAAACGUAGCUAAUUUUAAGGCAGGACGUCAGUCAGCAAUCACAUGUGAUCCCGAGAUCCUCCGCCAAGGUCUCGAGACGCAAGGAAUGCCAAUGACUGUGCGUUACAGUGGAAUGACUGUGGGAACUGCAACAUUCAAGUUUCCCCAAUCCUUCAUCGAUCGCAUUCAGGACGGCAUGAGCGACCUAUUUCAUCAGGAUUCGUGCACUCUAGUUAAGCGCGAUGCAGUGGCUGGCACUUUGGAAGUGUUUUGCAGUCUAAUCAUCAAGUGUGAGACCCUUGUAGAAACAACAGAACCCUGUAAGAAGAGCUGUGCCAACCUAGGAAAGGCCAUAAAGGAGGCAGACAUUUUGUUUGUAAUUGGCAGGAAUGACCCCUGCGAUUCGGUAUGUGAGCCGUGUGCAGAGCAGAUAGAGACUGUGGAGGGCGAUGAACGACUCCGAAUGGAUCUGAAUCGCUAUCGCGGCGACAAUCAGCGGGCAACUUUGCCGCCUGCGGAGAACUAUAAGCUGGAAGCGACCUCCGUGCUGAAGGCUAUGACAGAUCAAUGCGGUCUUGCAAUUGACUCCGUUAUGAAGAAAGUAAAGCAAUUGCCCAAAAACGAGCUCAUAUUCACAGACUGGAGUGGCCAACAGACGCCGUUCAGGCAAAAGUAUGUCGAUCGCACAAUAAGUGUUCCGCUUGGCGACAUUGAAGUGAUGGGCAUAAAGCCCAUUCGCUACUGCCCCGUGUGCCUCACCCCAAUGUCCUCUCUGCCCAAAUACUCGCCCUGUCCCAAGUGCGACACGAAGGCAAUGCCCAAGCUUGACCUUAUUCCAGAGAAACCUCUGACUGCCGAUGAAAUCAUUAAUCAGUGUCUGAGAAAACCCAAAAAACUAGCCGACGACUUUUGCGAAGAUCCCUGUGCGGAGCCAGCCAGUGACGAGAAAGAGAAGUUGUGUACGACAACCUGUACCUGCAAGGGAGGCCAGUAUUGCACCCAUUGUCGCAUCCGCUGUAUGUGUGCAGACAUUCUGGGUCCCCCGCCUGGCCCCGGGAAGGGGUGUCCCAAAGUGGAGCCAAACGAAAACGAGGACUUUUGUGUUAUAGUCGAGCCCAAUCAGCUGUCGUGCAGCCCUUACUUGGAACGAGUAUUUGUCGAGCUUCGAGAUCUUUAUAAAAAAAGAGACGAGAAUAAGGCUGCUCUUUUAAAGAGGCAAUGCGCGCAGAAUCUAUUGCAGCUCAAACUAUCCCAGAACAGCUCACAUGUGCUGACCCAAAAGUCAUCGACGGGUGCCAUCGUGAAGGUGACCGGAAGUCCAACCUUUAUGCAUCGCCUGCAUGGGCCGAAAAUUGGGCACAAGACUUGCUUAAGGCAAGAGCUCAAUGUAUCCAGACGUCAUGGCUGGGCGUGGCCGUCGACCAAAAAGGCACGCAAAUACGGCUGGCGUCCGGGAGCUAUUUGCCGCUAUGCCGGAGCCGUAAUGAGAUUUUUCUUAUGCUCAGCGGAAAAUAAUGCAUUUAACACCUGUCAGGAAGCGGAAGAGGACGAGAGGAACAUACAGCACUCGAUUCUCAAUAUGCGCAAGAAGAAUGGCGCAAUUUAUAUAACUCUACGUGCGGUGAAUAGCCCGCACGUGGAGAUGAAACCCAUUGUGUUCAAGAUAGUCAAGAGCGAUCUCGCUGUCGCUCUCAGGGAGAUCAAGAAGAAGCUGAAGCAAAGAGGCUUUCCUAAAUGCGUGUGCCACAAGUCCGUUAUGAUGUGCGUCUGCCGGGACGCAGUGGAUAAGAAACAUCUCGCACGCGCACUGCAGAAAGAGUGUAAGCUACGAAGAAUGGAAAGCUGCAUAGAUCACUUGAUCCUCACGGACACCAGUGAGAGUGAGAUGGAGUUUAAUUUCGAUGUGACACCCCCCUUGGCUGUCGGCAAGCCCCAGCUAGCGAUUAAGCCACGUACCUUUACAUUGAGUACCCAAACAGAUGAAAAAGAUAAAAAGGUUCCACCACUGUAUCCAACCGAGCUCGAUCCCUAUUGGCGUGUCUACGACUGCGCUGCGGGCGAUCGGUACACUGGAACAGCCUUUGGUAAGCCCGGGGAGGCUAUAUUUGAGGAUGGACUGUUUGGACACGAAGGCGGUGGACCGCACGGUGCAUCAGGUUCGCCCGGGGGCAGACCUAAGCUCCCUGGAAUAUGGGGCUCCGGCCAAGGUGGGCCUAUGCGUGGGGGCGCACGUAGCGGUGCACUAGGAGGUGGGCGUGGUGGUCCUGGAGGCAUUGGUGGACCUGGGGGUAUUGGGGGAGGCAGAGGCGGAAAAGAUUUUCCAGGUGGUAAAAAGAAACCAGAGCCAACUCCGUUCAUCCCUGUACGAAUGCCUAAGCGCCACGUUGAAGCUGUUAAACGAGCUAUCCAAGCCGAAAAAGAUGCAGUUAAGAAUGAAAUUGCUCGACGGAAGAAGGGUAUUGACCUGAUGAAGUACUUAAUGAAAGAUGGCUCUAUUCCCACCCCGUGGAAUCCGAAUGAGCCGAAACCAGAAGUCAAGUCUAAGGUCAAGACGGGUCCGGUUGUUGGGGCAGAUGGGUUGACCGAUGAGCAGCGCAAACGAAAGGCUCUCAACCAGGUUUGCGCACCACCUUUUGACAGCUUAGCCAAGCUGGGUAAGGGUAUCGAUCCGUGCAUCAAUCAAUGCUACUAUCCAUGCGCUAAUCAGUGCUACACUCCAUGCGUCCAAUAUUGCAAUCCUUGUCCCUACUAUUGUUAAAAUAAU